AUGAAUGAACUUAAUGAAAAACAGCAGGCCCCUGUUCAAUAUGAAUGCCUGGAAAAGAUGAUACAGAAUGGACACGCUCGGCGGAUGGGAUCUGUUGAAGAUCUGUAUGUCGCUCUCAACAGACAAAACUUGUAUCGAAACUUUUGCACAUAUGGAGAACUAAAUGAUUACUGUACUAGGGAUCAGCUUACAUUAGCUUUGAGGGAAAUUUGCCUGAAAAACCCAACUCUUUUACACAUCGUUUUACCAACAAGAUGGCCUAAUCAUGGAGAUUAUUAUCGCAGUUCUGAAUACUAUUCACAGCCACAUCCAAUACAUGAUUAUAUUUCAGUAUUGCAAGAACUGAAACUAGAUGGUGUAAUUCUCAAUGAACAACCUGAGUACAGUGCAGUAAUGAAGCAAAUAUUGGAAGAAUUUAAGAAUAGCAAAGGUUCUUAUACUGCCAAAAUUUUUAAACUUACUACCACUUUGUCCAUUCCUUACUUUGGACCAACAGGUCCGAAUUGGCGGCUAAUUUGUCUUCCAGAAGAGCAUACAGACAAGUGGAAAAAAUUUAUUUUUGUUUCUAAUCACUGCAUGUCUGAUGGCCGGUCUUCGAUUCACUUUUUUCAUGAUUUAAGAGAUGAAUUAAAUAAUAUUAAAACCCCACCAAAAAACUUAAAUUACAUUUUUCAGUACGAAGAGGACUAUCGAUUAUUGAGAAAACUUCCAGAACCGAUUGAAAAGGUGAUAGACUUUAGGCCACCCUACUUGUUUAUUCCGAAGUCCCUUCUUUCGGGUUUCAUCUAUAAUCAUUUAAGGUUUUCUUCAAAAGGUGUUUGUAUGAGAAUGGAUGAUAUGGAAAAAUGCGAUGAUGUUGUUACCGAAAUCAUCAAUAUCUCACCAUCAGAACUUCAAGAGAUUAAAGCGAAAAUUAAAUCAAAUAUCCAAGGUAAGUGUACUAUCACUCCAUUUUUACAUGUUUGUUGGUUUGUAUCUCUCCAUAAAUGGGGUAAGUUUUUCAAGCCAUUGAACUUCGAGUGGCUUACGGAUAUUUUUAUUCCUGCAGAUUGCCGCCCACAACUUCCAGAAGAUGAGGAAAUAAGACAGAUGUACAGAUAUGGUGCUAACGUUGGAUUUGUUGACUUCACCCCGUGGAUAAGCGAAUUCGACAUGAAUGAUAGCAAAGAAAAUUUUUGGCCACUUAUCGAACAUUAUCAUGAAGUUAUCUCGGGCGCUUUAAGAGAAAAGAAGCACCUCCAUGGCUUGGGGUUCAAUAUACAAGGCCUCGUCCAAAAAUAUGUGAAUAUUGAUAAGGCAAUGUGCGAUCGUGCCAUUGGAAAAAGGCGCGGGGGUACAUUAUUGAGUAAUGUAGGUCUCUUUAACCAGUUAGAGGAACCCGAUGCCAAAUAUUCUAUAAGGGAUUUGGCAUUUGGCCAGUUUCAAGGAUCAUGGCACCAAGCAUUUUCUUUGGGUGUUUGUUCGACCAAUGUGAAGGGGAUGAAUAUCGUCGUUGCUUCAACGAAAAAUGUUGUUGGUAGUCAAGAAUCUUUGGAAGAGCUUUGUUCCAUUUACAAAGCUCUCCUUUUAGGGCCUUAG